AAGCAGCCACCGCUCCCCACCCCCCUCUCCCAUGCUUCGCCUCGCCUGAGAGCGCCCGCGCGCCCUCGCCGGGAACCCCGGCCCCGUCACUUCCCCCGAUGGCGCUGCAGCUCCGCCGCCUCAUCCCGCACCGCUACGCCAGCCGCGCCGCCGCCCUCGCCGUGCCGCCGCCGCCGCCGUCUCCGGCUCCAGCCAUGCUUCCGUUUGGUGUAUCUCAGGGAUAUUCUUACAACUUCAUGCCUUAUUCACAUUUGCAUCCUUGUGAAAUGUGUGGAGUUUCAUUAAGUAAUAGUUCAUCAAGGAAGUUGUCUUCAGUUAGCUCCUGUUGUCCCCUACAACUCAAAAGUGGUGUAUUUUUUACAACGGGGCUCACGGGCAAUCCUAAUUUUGUAAGCCUGCAAGCUGCAUAUGGCCAUGGAACUUGUUUGAGGGCUAAUAAUAUUCGUAAUUCACGGUCCUUUUUGACCGUGUGCAACAAAAAGCUAAGUUUUCUCAGCAGAAACAAGAGUUCAUUGGGUAAUCCAAAUAUGAGAAGGGAAGAUGGGAGUGUCGCGCAUAGUUUGUUUCAUAGAUCUGAGAAAAAUAAAAGCACAUUAGCUGCUUGUAGCACCAUCGCUGAUGAGGCUUUAACAUCAACUAGCAACCAAAGUAAGAGCAUUACUGGUACUAAAAAGGGUACCACCAGGAGGAAAAGUUCAACAAACAGAAAGGAAGUUAGUGAAGAAAUGAAAGAAGAGAAGGUGUCUACCAAGAAACAGAGAAAAUCUGUUAAAACUAGUACAGUAGCAAAGAGUAGGAAAGUUGAUGCAAACCAAGAAGAGAAAAGGUCUGACAUUUCCAAAUUAAAAAAGGGUGCUGAUAGUUCUAAAGAGAAGAAGGCAUCAAACAGGUCAAAGAAAUCUUCAAAAGCAAAGGAAUCUGCUGCUGCUAAGGCGACUGUCAAAGCUGAGAUUUGCACGAAGACCUCUGUGGAUAGUUCUGGUAGUGAGCAGAAGCCACUUUUUCCUCUUUACCCUCCCACAGCUAAAUCAGUUCUUGUUGUCGAAUCAGUUACAAAAGCAAAAGUUAUUCAAAAAUACCUUGGGGACAUGUAUGAAGUGUUGCCUAGUUAUGGCCAUGUGAGAGAUUUAGCUGGAAGAUCGAAAUCUGUUCGCCCUGAUGAUGACUUCAGUAUGGUGUGGGAGGUGCCUUCUGCUGCCUGGACACAUCUUAAGAGCAUAAGAAUGGCAUUGAAAGGAGCAGAAAAUUUGAUUCUUGCAUCUGAUCCUGACCGUGAAGGUGAGGCAAUUGCUUGGCACAUCAAAGAAAUGCUCGAGCAGCAAGAUGCAUUGGGUUCUAAUGUAACUGUUGCAAGAGUUGUCUUUCAUGAAAUAACAGAGGAUGCUGUUAAAAAGGCUUUAAUGUCUCCAAGAUAUAUUGAGAUGAACCUAGUUAAUGCCUAUCUAGCACGCCGUUCCCUUGAUUAUUUGAUUGGGUUUGGAAUAUCACCACUAUUAUGGAGGAAGCUACCUGGUUGCCAGUCGGCUGGACGAGUCCAAUCUGCGGCAUUGGCUCUUGUGUGUGAUCGAGAGGCUGAAAUAGAACAGUUUAAUCCACAAGAGUAUUGGACUGUUGAUAGUGACUUUAAAACCCAGCGUUCUGGCCCUUCAAAUGGUCUGAACCUCCAAUCCCGGAUAAAGCAUCUUAAUUCAAAAAAGUUGGAUCAGCUUUCUAUACGUUCUCAAGAAGAAGCACACAAUAUAGAAAAGAGGAUUUAUUCAUCCCAAUUUGAAGUAAUAGGAAUUAAGAGAAGUAAAAUUAACAAGAAUCCUCCUAUGCCAUAUAUAACAUCCAGCCUUCAGCAGGACGCAGCAAACAAACUGCAUUUUAGUGCUGGGUAUACCAUGAAGGUAGCCCAAAAGCUUUAUGAGGGGAUUAGCCUUUCCUCUGAAGAAGCAACUGGAUUAAUUACAUACAUGCGAACAGAUGGGUUUCAUAUAUCUGAUGGAGCCGCACAAGAUAUUCUUUCAUUAGUAAAGCAAAGGUAUGGUGAGGAAUAUGCUUCAGAGAGCAUUAGAAAAUUCUUCAAGAAGGUGAAAAAUGCUCAAGAAGCACAUGAAGCCAUAAGACCGACCAGCAUAAGGAGGUUGCCAUCAUCUUUGGUUGGAAAACUUGAUGAUGAUUCUUUGAAAUUGUAUUCUCUAAUAUGGAAAAGAACUAUGGCCUGCCAAAUGGAAGCUUCUAGAACUGAGAUGAUUCAAGUUGAUAUUGGUAAUUCUGAAGGAGACAUGAUUUUCCAUUCAUCUGCAUCAAGGCUUGAGUUCAAGGGAUACCAAGCUGUAUAUGAUGACACUGAAGCAAGUCCUUCCAGUCACAGUUCUGAGGUUGAUGCUGUUCACCCGGAUAACAUUGAGGCCUUGUCCAAAUUAGAGGUGAAGGACUUGGUGUCUCCGGUUAGCGUUCAUCUUGCACAACACUUUACUAAACCUCCACUACGUUAUUCUGAGAGUGCAUUGAUCAAAAAGCUAGAAGAACUUGGAAUUGGAAGGCCAUCCACGUACGCAUCUAUAAUGAAAGUAUUGCAGGAUCGUAACUAUGUGACAAUAAAAAGUCGAGUUCUACACCCCGAAUUCCGUGGUCGAAUGGUCUCAGCAUUUCUUAUGCAUCAUUUCUCUGAAGUUGCAGAUCUCAGCUUUACUGCUAACAUGGAGACUGAGCUGGACAAUGUCUCUGCUGGAUCAACUGAAUGGAAAGGCCUUCUGAAAGAUUUUUGGGAACGAUUCAAUAAAUAUUGUGGCGAUGCUAGUCGCCUUGACACCAGAAAGGUAGAGAGAAUGCUUGAAGAAAAAUUCAGUUCCAUCCUCUUUGCAGACCUUGACAAAGAUAAUAGGAUAUGCCCUAGUUGUUCUCAAGGAACCCUGCGAUUCAAAGUUAGUAGGUAUGGCGAGGGCUAUUUUAUAGGCUGUGAUGGACAUCCGAAAUGCAAGUACAUUGCUCGCACGUUGACUGAUGAAGAUGAUGAAACUGAAGCAUCUGAAGAAACUCACAAGUCUUCUAAACCUAGGUUACUUGGAGUUCUACCUAAUUCUGGUGAUAAGGUGUUUCUGAAACAAGGUCCUUAUGGUUACUAUGUCCAGGUUGGAGAGGAUAGGAAGGGAUUAUCUCCGAAAAGAGCUCCUCUUUCUGAGGUGAAAGAUAUUGACUCUAUCACUUUAGAAGAUGCAAUCGAGAUAUUGCAGUAUCCCAUAACUCUGGGGAAACACCCUGAUGAUGAUCAUCCUGUGCUUAUAGCACAUUCUAAAGCUGGAUUUAGUAUCAGACAUAGGAGAACUCUUGCUCCAUUGCCAAAGAGUGCAGAUCCAAAGAAGAUUACCCUUGAACGUGCAGUGAAGCUCUUGAAGGGCAAAAAUGUGACAAAGUUUGGUCGUCCUAAGGGAAGAUCCAGAAAAGCUGAAGAACCACUUGAAUGGCAUUAGCUGCGCAUUUGUUCAGAAAUCCAUACAUUUUCUUGCACACUGCCGACAAACAGUAAAGAGCAUUGCCUUUAUAAACAUCUACGAAAUUCAUCAUUUAUCAGGGGCAAGCUUUGAGAAGUCGAUAUUUGUUUGCUCUGUGCGCCAAACUGUCAAUCCAUGCAUGGUCCGUUAUUGUUUCUGAUGAGAGCCAAGGGAUCCGGGUGUCACAUGGUAGCUCGUCAACAAGUGCCUUCAUGUAUGCCUCCUCUCUUGGUACAACCACAGGAAUCUCCAUUUUGAACAAGAGCUGACAUAUGGCCAUGAUAAUAGCCUCCAUCACUCUUCAUUUUUCAUUAUUCUGUUCAACAUUUUCUGCAGUUGUAUAGAGCACAUAAAACACACUAGAAUAUACCCCAUAGAUUUCUUUUGCUUUCUUGCGGUCUGAAGUGAUCUCAGGCUGCUGAAGUCGUCACAAUGCAGCAUGCGUUGACCACAAAUUUUGUUUGCUCGCAAAUGUAUACCUUUCUCUGUAGCUGUUGGGUCAAAGUAGCAAAUAAUGAAAAAAAAAGGGAACAAUCGUCUGAUUGAUUCGUUUCAGAAUAUCAACUGCUGAUUUGUUCUAGCUGCCGAUUCUGU